CUCGACACAUUCUCCUACCCACCGUCAUUUCUCUACUUUAUAUUUCACCAUGGGACAACAACUCCCGACAUCAUCACUGACUGUUACGUACGAUGGUUUGCUUUAUAGUGAAGGCGGCAAGCAAUACGAGAAUUGGCAAUCGUCCAUCGUUAAUGACGGCGUCAUUAGUGAGCUGGAAGUUUUCGUUACCCAAAAGUUGAACCGUGGUCCAGCAAAGUUCGUCGAAAGGGUUGAAGGGUCCUAUAAUAUGAUGUUCCGGUUUCGGUUCCCCACUGGGAACGACGCAGCGCUUCGAUUUCCUAAGCCAGGAAAUACACCUCUAACUCUCGCCAUAGAGAAGUUGGCAAACGAAGUCGCAUGGAUGGAAUAUUUAAAAGCGAAUACGACUAUACCUAUUCCACACGUGCACAACUCUAGCCUACAAAUAUCCAACAACCCACCACUCCAUCUCCCCUUCAUCCUGAUGGACUUUAUCGAAGGAGAGAACCUUCGCGACUUCCUGGCGAGCCUGUCAGCACCAGACGAGGACCAUGCCGCCGACGCCAUGCGCUCGACCGUCUACGAACAACUGGCCGGAUUUUACCUCCAACUCAACCGCUUGCGUUUCAAAAAGAUUGGGUCUAUAGCCAAGGAUGGACUCUCGAGUCAAUGGGAAGUCACACAACGCCCCUUUACCAUGGACAUGCACCAGCUCGUGUUAGGUGUUCACGGAUAUCGGACUGACGGAUGGCCCACCAAGCCACUGCAGCGAUCCAGCGACUACUUCGAUUUUGUGGUGGAUCAGCAGCACAACCAGCUCUGGGGACUGCGCAAUUUGAACAUGCCGCAUAACCGUGAACAGGACGUUCUGAAGCAGGCCGCCGAAAUCUCCCGACUGAGGUUCAGAGCCCGUAUGGGUUUCAAACAGCUCAUUCCUCUGUUCUGCAACCGUAUGGAUGACAGGGGCCCUUUCCUCCCUUUCAACCCGGAUCUCGACCCGCGAAACAUGGUCGUCGAUCCAAACACUGGCCGCAUCAUGGGCAUUCUCGAUCUCGAGUUCACCAACGCCAUGCCAGCUCAGUUUGCACAAGAUCCGCCAUUGUGGUUGCACAGAGUACUCCCAGGCCAGUGUCUUGAACGAGACUUUUUCCCCUGGUUUUUGAAAACCUAUCAGCCUUAUCUGGACCGGUUUCUGGCUGCCAUGAGGAAGGUAGAGCAAGCGGGGCAGGCUGAGGAGGGACAAAAGCCACUGUCUGCUGUGAUGCUUGAGUCUUGGACCAGCAAGCAGUGCUGGUUCAACUACGUCGCCCACAAUGCUGACCAUGUUGACGCUAUAUAUUGGGCAGAGCUCUACAAGCUCCAUCCAGACGGAGAUGCGCCUGAGCUUUCGAUCGUCAUGGAAUCCGAGAUGAAAAAAUAUGUGAAACACACCGAGAAGCAAAUCGCGGCAUUUGAACAAGCGUGGAGGAACGUAUAG